AUGGAUCUUUGAUAUGCGAAAAUUUCCUAUUUCGCGGCAUUCAACUGAUUAAGGUUUUUUUUAUUCUUAGGAUUGAUUCAAAACCUCAGAGAGUCUUUCUUAUCAUCAGGCUUAAAUAGAGCAAGUGAAGAAUCGCUCAUUUUCAUUUUUUCAUUUCUUUGACAGAAAAGUUGCAUCUUCUUUAUGUUUCAACAGCAAGAAUCAUAA